AAUAAUUUUGCAAAUGACUGUCAAAAGAUAUUUUUAAUGGUAUAUAAUUUGCCAUUAUUAAUUGGAGGACCAUUUAUUAUUAUUGGAUCAGUCAUUUAUUUGUGGUGGUUAAUAGGACCUUAUUGCCUUCUGUCAUUUGGAGUAUUUUUAUGUUCUUAUUUUCUUCAGUAUGGUAUUGCAAGGUUAAGUGGUCGUUACCGUAAAAAAGUUAUAGAAAUAACAGAUCAAAGAGUUAGCCUGAUGACAGAGUUUUUAAAUUACAUCAAGUUAAUUAAACUUCAUGCCUGGGAAAAACCAAUGACAAAAAACGUAACUGAAACUAGAUCCAAAGAGCGAAGUUUACUAGAAAAAUGUCAAUAUUUACAAGUACUAAAUACAAUAAUAUCUGGAGUUUCUCCUUAUAUUGCCACUAUAAUUACUAUAGUUGCAUAUACUUUAUCAAAGAAUGAUUUAAGGCCAUCUGAGGUAAGUUUUAAAAUUGAUUUAAUUGAUGUAGAAAAUUCUUUGAAAGAUGAAGUAUCUCCUAAUACAGCUCUAGUUACUCCAGUUGCUCCAACUUAUGUACUUAGAAACAUUUCAUUAAUUAUUCCAAAAGGAAAAUUAAUAGGUAUUUGUGGAUCUGUUGGAAGUGGAAAAUCAUCAUUACUUUUAUCUCUUCUUGGACAGAUGAAAUUAAUACAUGGUCAAGUUGCUGUUCGAGGAUCCUGUGCCUAUGUUCCACAACAAUCAUGGAUAUUACAGACAUCUCUUCGUGAAAACAUUCUUUUUGGUCAUCCUUUUAAUUCUAAGCGGUAUUAUGAAGCAAUUUAUUGCUGUGGAUUAACUGAAGAUGUAGCUCAUUUACCAUGUGGAGAUCAAACUGAAAUAGGAGAUCAUGGAGCAAAUUUAAGUGGAGGACAAAAACAGAGAAUAUGUCUUGCAAGAGCUCUGUAUGCAGACAAAGAAGUCUAUAUUCUUGAUGAUCCAUUAUCAGCUGUUGACUAUCUUGUUGGACGUCAUGUUUUUCAACAUUGCUUAAAAGGAGCUUUGAGAGGGAAAAGUAUUUUAUUUGUCACUCAUCAAGUUCAGUAUCUAGAAGAAUGUGAUUCAAUUAUUUUAAUGAGGGAUGGUGAAAUAAGUGAACUAGGUACACAUGAAGAAUUAUUAACGAGUAGUAGUGAAUAUUCAGUAUUAAUUCAAAUGUUAUCAAAAAAUAAAGAGAAAUUAUUGGAAGAAAAUGAAAAAUCAAAAGUUGGUAAGUUUAAUAAAACAUUUUAUAAGUAUAAGCUAAAUAGACACAUAAGUGAAAAAGAACCAAAGAAUAUGUCAAUAUCUCUUGAUACCUACAAGUGUUAUAUGAAGGCUGCAGGUGGUUAUAUUGUAUGCUCAUUAGUAUUAAUAUGGUUUCUCUUCUAUGCUGCUUUGGCUGCUUUCAGCAAUUGGUGGCUUGGACAUUGGCUAAAGCAAGGAAAUGGAAAUUCCAGUGAUAAUCAACCAGACAUUAUUGAAGUGGAAAAGGAUAAUAUUUCUCUAAAUCCACAACUAAGCUUUUACCAGUUAGUAUAUGGUUUGUCUGCUGUAAUGUUAUUGGUGAUUGGUGUUAUCUUAGGAUUUUUAUUUUCUAAGACAUCGCUUCGAGCAUCAAGUUCUUUGCAUGAUUUGGCUUUAAUAAGAAUUGCUCAAAGUCCAAUGCAUUUUUUUGAUACUGUAUCAGUAGGAAAAAUACUUAAUAUUUUUACACGUGAUUUAGAUGAAGUUGAUACUCAAUUGCCAACUUUGAUUGAAACAUUUUUGCAGCAUUUGAUGUUCAUCAUCUUCAGUUUAGUUGUAAUAGCCUUUGUAUUUCCAUGGUUUUUAAUACCUUUAUUAGUAAUUGCCAUAGGAUUUAUUUUUUUGCAAAGGAUAUUUAGAGCAAUAAUGAGAGAACUAAAACAUCAAGAAAAUAUAUCGAGAUCACCAAUAUAUAGUCACAUAACUGCAACAAUAGAAGGCAUUAUAUCAAUCCAAGCAUUUAAAAAACAAGAUGAAUUUACAGAAAGGUUUAUUCAAUUGGUUGAUGCAAAUGCUUCUCCCCUCUAUCUGUUCUAUAGUUCAAUGCGAUGGUUUGCAAUAAGAAUGAAUUUUCUUUGCGUUUUAAUUAUAUUAAUUGUUUGUUUAUUUGGACUUUUUUUAAAAGAGGAAAUAGCUGCAGCAUUUAUUGCACUUGCUAUUUCACUUACUAUUCAGAUGUGUAGUUUCUAUCAAUAUAUAACAAGAUUAGGUUGUGAUAUUGAAGCUCGUUUUACAUCUGUAAAACGAAUUCAAUCGUACAUUGAACAGUUAGAAUUAGAAUCUCCUGCAAUAGUAGAUAAUUCUCGUCCACCAGUUGAUUGGCCAACAAGAGGACGCAUAAGUUUUCGUGAUGUCACAAUGAGAUACAGACCAGGUCUUCCUUUGGCAUUAAAAGGUGUUACAUUUGAUAUAGAUUCACAAGAUAAAAUUGCAAUUGUUGGAAGAACAGGUGCAGGCAAAUCUUCUAUAGGAGUUGCACUGUUUCGAUUAGUAGAAGUUACAUCUGGAACUAUAUUUAUAGAUGGUCUAGAUAUCAGUCAGUUUGGUCUAGAAGAUCUGCGUCCUAGAAUAUCUAUCAUUCCUCAAGAUCCUAUACUAUUCAGAGGAACAGUAAGAUAUAACCUUGAUCCAAUUAAUCAGCAUAUGGAUAUGGAGUUAUGGGAUGUCCUUGAACAAACACACAUCAAAGAUAAAGUUAUGACCAUGGAUGGAGGAUUAGAUGCUUGCUUAAUGGAAGGAGGAAGAAACUUUUCUGUGGGAGAAAGACAACUCUUGUGUAUGGCCAGAGCUUUGUUACAACAUAAUAAAAUAGUGUUACUGGAUGAAGCUACUGCCAGUAUCGAUCCAGAACUGGAUUCAUUAAUUCAGGAUACAAUUCAUGAAGUGUUUAAUGACUGUACAGUACUUACGAUUGCACACAGGAAAUCCACUGUAAUGAGAUACAAUCGCAUUCUGGUCCUGUCUGAUGGAAAGGUUGUGGAAUUUGAUAAAACGUCCAUCCUGGCUUCGAAUCCAAAUUCGUUUUUCUCUCAGCUCAUGACUGAUACGACGCUAGUAACAGAGCUUUAAUUUAUGGAAAGUCAAGAGGCCGGGAUUCAUUUUUAAUACUUUCUUUGCUCAUUAUAUAUUAAAAAUGAUUAAAAUAGCUUGUAAUACUCAAUAGUCAGAGAAUGUCAAAACUUUUACGGACUGUGUGACAUUUAAUGUCAUUGAGUAUUCUCAAGAUCAAAACUUUAUUUUCGUAACAACUAAGACUGUGAAGUAGUUUUAAUAAAAAUAAAUUUUAAAACAA